AUGCCUAAGAAAGCCCCCAUCCCGGAUGCUUGGGACGAUGACUGGGAAGUCCAAGCCGACAGCAUAGACCUCCGACAACCCACGCCAGAGCCUGAAGCCGAGCCUUCGAACAAAGCUGAACGGAUCGCACGCCAUGUCGAGACAAACAGGAAACUCUGGGAGUCGGCGGACACGCCCGACACAUUCCACUUUGUCGAGGCGAACAAUACCGUUCCGCUACAGACAGGCUUUAAGCCCCAAGUACAAGUUCUCAGUCGGAAGCCAGUCAUUGCGAAGAGAGACCCUGCAACAGGCAUGUCGAACCUCUCACUGCAGGACGAAGAAGAGGACGCCAGGGGACAGGAGGGGCAGCCUUCGCCAGAAGAAGUUCGCGCCCGGCAGAAGAAGGAGCUCGAAGAGAAGCAGCGACGAUACGAAGAGGCCAGGGCCAAGAUCUUUGGCCAGGGUCCUGCGUCAUCAUCAGGUGCCUCGUCACCGUCCGGCGCGGGCACAGUCACUCCGCCACGAGCAGAUGGGCACGGCAACGCGAGGGCACGAGGCCGUGGGAGAGGCGGCCAACGCGGGGACAAACGACGCCAGAACAACACAAAUAACCAGACAAACAACGUGGCACCGACGAGGGAGCUCUUCGAUCCUGGAUACGCGUCUAAACUGGAGCAGAGAGGCGCUGAUAGCCCGCAAAGAUUAUCUACACCGAGGCUAGAGCAGCAGCAGCAGCCCGCCAUCCGAUCACCUAGAGGACCUGAUGGAAGCGGACGAGGCGGUUUUGGUUUCGCUCAGCGCGGUGCAAAGGGUAAUUGA